CGCUCCUUUGUAAAUAUGGCCCAAUAUUUCACAUGUGCAGCUCUUUAACGGCUGUGACUGACAAUAUGUUAUGUAGACUUCGUAUGCACGAGGAUGCUCAGACUCAAAACUAAGGGAAGCUACUAGAAAUACAGCAGAGGAAGAAUCUCCAUCUGAGUUUCAGCUGAGAUUGCGCACUGCGCACACUGGUCAUGCGCACCAACACAGCCCACCCUUGUAACAUUAACUUGUUGGAUACCCUGCAAGAUAAUGGCUUCUCUUACUCCAGUGCACAUCUAAUUUUGACAGUGGGAGGAGAGUGACUCCUGUUGCAAGCUCAGUUGCACCAUGCCCCAUCUAGAAGUUUGGACAUCAGUGCAAAUCACUCUCUUUGGAGCCAAUUAUAACUAGGCUGUCACCUGCUUUGCUGUUUUCUGAACACUCACAUUUGUACCUCCACUGCAAAGGCAUCGUUCAUGAAUAGUCAUAGUCAUCUUUAAAUGUAUGACUGAGGAAUAGUCUAUUGUUUCCAGGGUAAAAAAAAGUAACUAGUUUCACAUAUUUUCUUCAGAAAGUGCUGUUUGUGAAUUAUUGGGCAACUGUUAGCAUUUGUUUGCGAACACAUCCACAACAGGUGCAUGUGCAGUGGAAACACAUCGAUAUCAAUCUUUUUUGGAUAUGGUUCUAAAUAUCUAAAUUUUAAGGACAUUUUCUGUGGUAAACAUAGUCAUAAGGACUCUUCUGUGCAUUCAGCCAUGUUAGGUGACACACUCUAGGACUUGCUGAAAGUGCAAGUUCAGUGCAAGACUUCUCACAGAGCUUUGAGCUGACUAAUCAGUAGUGUGUUCACAGCUUGAGUUUUUCUAGAGCCAUAUAUUUGAUCACGAAGACAAGGAAUCCAGUGGUCUAAUAACACAAGUUCCUGCAAGCGAUAUAGUAUAGGGCUGUUGUGUAAUACAAACAGUGCUUUUUGCAUUCAAAUCAGUGGGUCAAUUAUGAGCAUCAUCUCUCCUAAUGAAGGCCUUGUGGUGCAGAAUAAAUGCCUUACAUAUGAUGGUUACAGAGGGCUGGGCUUGGAAAAUCAGCUGAGGAUCUGCAGAACAUCUGGCUGUCUAACCUUACAACAUCCUGAUAAUGUGAUCUGCAGGGUCACCAAACUGAACUGCAGCACAAUGCCAGCCUGUUAAUCUCACACUGUUUUUUAUCCAUCUAAAUUCCUUCUGAGGCUAGUAUAUCACUUUCUGUUACAGUUAAACCAUUAUGGCUUAUUUUACUGUUUUAGUCAAUGAGAUUCAAGCACUGGAUUAACAAGCCUUUCUUUAUAUUAGGAUCAGAAUUGUUAUAUUAUACUCUGAAGAAGCUGCACUAGGUCAGCACAUGCUCACUGGGCUAAGCAGCACCAAAUUGCAUUAAUGAAAUAUUCUACCCAUUAUGUGACUCAUAGCAAAUCCCUAUCAUCGGAGACAAGCAGAUAUUGGUGAAUGUGCCUACUGUCAGCGGGAGAGUUGGUGGCUGGCUGAAAAUAGGCCCUAGCUAGAUGAAUGAUUCAUCUCAAGUGAUCUUCAGUAUCAGUGCAUUAAAUCAAAUACCUGUGAUUGAGUUAGUUGUGCUCACAGUCCCAGAAGGAGACAAAACAUUUCAUUAGCUGAUAUACUCUGCAUCCAUACAUUAUGUUCUUAUUUAAAUUUGUUCCAAGUAUUUAGUGCUUUCUUAGUUUGUUUGUAGACACUUGAGCGUAUACACUAUUGCAACUGAUUUUGAUAGAAGACUGCCUCUUUUUAGAAGUGGGCCCAGUGAGGUGAACAGACUUUACACACAAGCAGCACUUUCAGUGUGCAUUUGCUUCUUAAAAUCUUUGAGAAAUGUGACAUCUUGGCUGCUUUGUCCUCGGUCAACUUGCUGAAGUCCCUGUUUUACCUCUAAUCAGUGUGCUUAUGUCCACACACUGUGCAUGUAAUGUUAAUAUUUGAGACCUAAGGACACUGCUGUGUCAUCAAUCAUGGACAACAGCCCCACAAGCACAAACCCCCCCUAGUCCAUUCCUCCACCCACCUGCCUCCCUGCAUGCGUUCUUGGAACAGGCAUCAGUCGAACCUCCAGAGGGGUGCCAAUAUUUAGUUCAGGGAACUCACCUCCAAAGCUGACUGAGGGCAGUGGAAACAAAAGCAGAACCCAGGACAACAUUCCAGUAGGCCUUGGUACCUAUCAAGGCCAGUGGAUGGGUGGGAUGCGGCAUGGCUACGGUGUACGUCAGAGUGUUCCCUAUGGCAUGGCUGCUGUUAUCCGCUCUCCACUCCGUACAUCUCUGGCCUCUCUGCGCUCUGAGCAUAGCAAUGGAACCGUGCUCCAGGACCUCUCUUCCCCUACAGAAACGCCAACAGGAAGCCGUGGCGGCUUCGUCCUGAAUUUCCACUCGGACAGUGAGGUUGUCACUGGCAAGAAGAAGGGCCUGUUCCGCCGGGGUUCACUCUUUGGCAGCCUCCGGCAGUUACGCAAGUCUGACUCUCGGACUUCAAUCUCAAGCAAGCGUAGCUCUGCACGAAGCGAUGCCACCAUGAGCCGCAUAAGCUCCAGUGAUGCCAACUCUACUAUAUCCAUUGGUGAUGGUGAGCUGCCAGAUGAGGAUCUACCUCUGGAGGACCAUGUGGAUGCCACCACGACUGAGACCUACAUGGGUGAAUGGAAGAAUGACAAGCGCAGUGGAUUCGGUGUUUCAGAGAGAUCCAAUGGGAUGAAAUACGAGGGAGAAUGGCUUAACAACAAGCGCCAUGGUUACGGAUGCACAGUUUUCCCAGAUGCCACCAAAGAAGAAGGGAAGUACAAAAAUAACAUGCUGGUGCGUGGAAUAAGGAAGCAGUUGAUUCCGCUUAAGAACCCCAAAACCAAAGAGAAGGUGGAUCGGGCUGUGGAAGCGGCACAGAGGGCUGCAGCCAUUGCCAGGAGUAAAGUGGAAAUAGCAGCUUCCAGAACAGCCCAUGCUAGGACAAAAAGUGAGGCUGCAGACCAGGCUGGUCUCUCCGCUGUGCACGACUCAGAAAUAGCUAGGGCAGUUGCCAGAGAGCUUUCACCCAACUUCUACCAACCAGGACCAGACUACAUAAGACAACAGGCAAAGGAGCCAGUGGAAAUUAAAGAGGUCCCUGUUGCAAAGAAGGACAGCUCCUCAAGAGAGUCUCCUCACUUUUACCGCAAAGGUACCACUCCUCCCCACUCCCCUGUGACUAGUUCUGGAGCCACACCUCCUCCUUCACCUCACUCCAACAAAAAGAAGGGUCAGCUCACCAACAGCAGCAGCCAGAAAACCAGCAAAGAGGAAAAACCUUCCCACAAGACAAGCAAAGAAGACAAGUCAAGUCAUAAGACCAGUAAGGAUGAGCAAGCUAGUAGAAAGCCAAGUAAAGAAGAGAAGCCAUCCAUCACUGAUGUCCCCAAAGGUUUUCAAGUGCAUGUUGAGGCUCCACCUAAACCCUCUAAAGUUCAACAGCCUACACCAGCACCUGCUCCUCCUCCAAAGCCUCCCGCCAUUCCGGUAAAUGGCCAGCUCCAUGCUGAUUAUCAUAGUUACCUUGUCAAGGCACCUACAAGGGUCGCUCCACCCCCAGAGCCUGAGGAAGAUCCAGAGGAAGAGCCUAGUGCCCUGGCCCUGGCACGUAUGCCCCCACAAUCCUCUAGAUCUUUUAGUACCCCCACUCCUAAGCCAGCCUCCAUACGGGAGACCAAGAACGACCAGAAACUCAGGAAGCAGGAUUCCAUAAAGCCAAAGAGCCUCGCAGACACAAAGAAAGCCAGUAUGGAUAUCACAGAGAGCACAGAAGAAACAGGUCCUAACUCGAUCCUUGUUGCUAUGGUAAUGUUGUUGAAUAUUGGCCUUGCAAUUAUAUUUGUCCAUUUUCUGACAUGAUGAUGCUGUUUCUCAGUGAAACCAUGGCAACUGGUACAGUUGCAUUGCUGGCCUUGAAAAUGAAAACAGCACCAGUGAGACACAGUGGGUGGCCAUAGGUGAUUGGGAAUUAGCAGGACACCGAAGAGGAUCAGGAGGAAGGCAUCACUACCACCAAUGUGACACAGGCCUUCUUUAGGCCCAGCCCUGGGAAUUAGUACUCCUUUGGCUUCUCGAAAAGCCAAAGUGAAAUGUUGUGUCUAGUGAGAUUUUUACAAAAUCAAAAAAAACAAAACAUUUUUUAAAAAAGUUUAAAAAUGCAACCAAAUGUUACCAUCUGAAAAAUGAGGCAGUUGCUUUCCACACAUGUGCUGAUCCAAGCACUGGUCUCUGUAGCCCACUCUCAGUGUCUUGGCAAAGAUAGUGGUGGGCUGAUGGACUUUGCUGGAAGAGAGUGUGCAGAUGCAGUUUUAGAUGACAGGAGCAAACAGCUGCCUUUCUAUUUUGCCAUCUGACGUUUUGAUUGGGAGAUGUGAUCCCAGUGGCCGGGAGGGGUGACAGUCGCAGUGGAAGUGUACUCGGGUGUUCUGAGUGUUUUCUGGAGUUCACACCCCUCUUACAACAGAAAACUGGGCACGGCCGUUGCCAGCAGUCAGAGCUAGCACGGCCACUAGCCAGUCUUACUCUGUUAAACCAAUAAUCAUUGCAGCUUUCUAUAGCUCUGUUCAUUGUAACCUAGGAUACACUGCUUUGAAACACUCCCUGUGCAUGGUACAGUUUUAACAUUUUGUUUUGAUUAGUUUUUUGUUCUAUUGUAGCUUUUUUUGUUCAUUGUUGUUCUCUGAAUGUUGGUUACCUGCAGUCUUCUAAUUGAAAAUGAAAUUUCUCUUCUCAAAAUGAGUAAAAACAAUAGUCGUCCCUUUUAUUUUAAAAUUUAUU